AUGGCGAGGCUGGUGCGAAAAUUUAAUGCAGAACCUAUGAUCAGUAAAACAUGUCGAGCUGCCGCUGAUGGCCGACAUCUUCGUGCCACAUUCGGUGUGCCUCUGAAUGACGUUCUAAUUCGCGAUGGCACCAAUGUACCGUUGAUUGUUUUGGAUGUGUUUCAUUUCCUUGUGAAUUGCGAUGCGCUCAAAUGCAAAGGUCUAUUUCGUGUAAACGGAAAUUCCCGUACGGUGGAAACGUUACGCUCCCUAAUUGACGAGAAUGGACCGAAUUGGCGUAUUUCACAAUUUGCCGCGGAACCCAAUGCAGCAGAGCGAUCCGUUGACCCAUAUUCUGUGGCCAGUCUUUUGAAGCUGUAUCUUCGCGAGCUUCCCGAUGAGAAAGUCUGUGCUCCAUUCACCGAUUCGACCGCACGGUUGUGUGAUCGUGAGAGUGUUUCGUCUCCGUUCACAAUCCCUUACGUGAACCAACUACAGUGUGAUGAAUUUUCUCCCGAACUGUGUGCCGCAAUCCGGGCUUGUAUUGACCAGCAUAUAUUUGGUGGCAUGCAAUCCGGGCAGUCGGGACCGAAAAAUCCCACGUGCAGUACGGAAUAUUUUGUCGGUUAUCCUCCUUACAUUAUCCGAUCGGGACCAUCGGUAUCGGAAUGCCAAUCGGUUUAUACAGACGAACCGGAACGGGACCCGUAUGUUGUUUCAAGCAUCGAUAUGGUGAGCACAUGUUUCAAGCGAUAA